AGUCAAACAUGUGUCAAUGUUUUGGCCUUGGAAGUAGUUGGAUUGGAAGUGGUAUCUAGAAGUAGCAGUAGUUUAGUUUUAUGAAGAAACGUUUUGUUAUAAUAUCGUCAACUUUAUUUAUAGGUGCUUUAUUGGCAUUCUACCAGAAAAUUUUCUCAGUGAGACGUUUCCUUAUACCUGUUCUGACGGUUAUGGAAUUAUGAACUUAUAUAAGAACAAUUUCUUGAUUUACUACUUGUUAAACUAUGGGUGCCUACAGCAAAAUUACCAAUGCCUUCAAAAAAUAUCCUCUUUUAAGAGGAAUGGCAUCUUAUAGUAUAAUAUGGCCUGGUUCUAGUUUAAUACAACAAACAUUUGAAGGUAAAACAUUUGAUAACUAUGACUGGUGGAGAUGUGCACGAUAUGGAUUGUAUGGUUCCUGCUAUGUUGCUCCGACAUUGUAUAGUUGGCUAACAAUUGCCAACAUUAUGUGGCCUGGUAGUUCAAUACGAGCUGGUAUAAUAAAGACAUUUGUGGAAACUAUAACCUACACACCAUUUGCCAUGUGCAGUUUCUAUUUUGGAAUGAGCUUACUAGAAUCAAAGCCUUUCAAUGAAGCAGUUGCAGAAGUGGAAGCAAAAUUCCUGCCAACUUAUAAGGUUGGAGCCUCUGUCUGGCCAGCAGUUGCCAUGGUGAAUUUCUGUCUCAUUCCCCCUAGAAACAGAGUGCCUUUCAUUAGCUGCUGUAGUCUCAUUUGGACUUGCUUCCUUGCAUACAUGAAACACCUAGAGAAAGAGCAAGUCAAUGUAAAAACUGGUGCAAACCCAAUCAAAAUAAUCAAAGCCAAUUUAUGAGAGAACGAAUUUUAGACAAUUUAUUAGCCAAAUUGAAUAUUUUAUAUGAUGUGACAUCUUAGAUGUACUAUUUAUACUGUUAUUUAUAUUAGUUUUAUUAUGAUUCCAUCUCAAUAUGUGUGAUAUUAAUAGUUUAAUUGUUACCGUGCAAAGAUCUUAUUAUUUUAUUUAUGAAAUUAAACAGUAUUAAUAAUACUACAAUCUUCAGUACAAUAAGCCAAACAUUAUUAAGAACAAUUGAGUAUUAAAAAUAUUACUGACUAUAAAAAAGCAUAACUUUGAAAUAACUCAAUUGUUCUUAAAUAUAUUGGUUUGAUAUUAUGUAGAUAAUUAAUAGUGAUAUGUUGAUAGGUUGAUACCAAUAUGGUAUUUGUUUCUGCAUAGUUUCAUAGAAUGAAAUUUUGACAGAGGCAGAAACAGGGUGAUAAAAUACAUUUCAUUUAGAUUAUAUUAAGGAAAUGUGUAAGAGUAAACUUCUGUUGAAAAUAUAUUUUUCAUGUUAAA